ACCGCUCCACUCCGCUCGCAUGCUCUGGUAGGGACUCAAGUUACAUGACUCAUAACUCGGCUUGGACUGGAGUCAUAAAUUUGACGACUUGCGACUUGGCAGCAAAAAUUAUGGAAAGACUUCGACUCGACUUCGACUUGAGGACAAAUGACUCGAGACUUGACUCGGACUGCAAUUUUUUUACUCUAGACUUGACUCGGACUUACCAAGGAAUGCCUUGUUCCCAUCCCUGGUUCGUACAGUUUUCAAAACCCGAUUGCAAAGAAAUCCCGUCAUAUCACAACUGUACAUUAAUAUAAAGGAUGGGCGGAGGAGGCGACUCAUUCUCUCUCCAGCCAGUGUGGCCAAGUGUCACUUUCUCUCCGCGUCCUACAGCUCAGCAAGCGCAAGAUCACUGCGGCGAUAUGGAUUUGCCAGGACAUGUCGAGGGAGCCAUCUGAAGAGCAUCGCUGCACAUCACGCAUGAGGAGGAGAGUGUAAAAGAGCGAGAGAGAGAGAGUGAGUGUGAGAGGGAGUGAGAAGGAGAGAGAGGGAAAGGAAGAGGGGGGUUAGGUUGGAGCAGGUGAUCGAGACACAACAAACCUCCAAGGAGCUGAACAGUACGCACAGGAUUCCUGUCCCGAUCAUGGUGCCAGCAAGCAGCCUCGGACCCUGUGCCACCCUGGCGCUGGCCUUCCUCCUGGGAUGUGGCGUGACUUUUUCCCUGGGCCAGAAUGACACGGAGCCUAUCGUCCUAGAGGGGAAGUGCCUGGUGGUUUGUGACUCGAAUCCCUCUUCGGACGGAGGGGUCACCUCCUCGCUUGGGAUAUCCGUCCGGUCUGGGAGCGCAAAGGUCGCCUUCUCGGCGGUGAGAGGGACGAAUCACGAACCGUCGGAAAUGAGCAAUACUUCCAUGACCAUCUACUUUGACCAGGUAUUAGUUAAUAUCGGAAACCAUUUCGAUCUAAAAGCCAGUGUAUUCCAAGCUCCGAGGAGAGGCAUUUACAGUUUCAGCUUUCAUGUGGUAAAGGUCUACAACAGGCAGACUAUACAGGUGAACCUGAUGCAGAAUGAGUACCCGGUGAUCUCAGCCUUCGCCGGCGAUCAGGACGUGACCCGGGAGGCGGCCAGUAACGGCGUCCUACUGCAUGUGGAGCGCGAGGACAGAGUAUACCUCAAGCUGGAGAGGGGGAACCUCAUGGGCGGAUGGAAAUACUCCACCUUUUCUGGCUUCUUAGUUUUUCCUUUAUAAUCAUUUUUUUUGAUUCGCAGAGACUCUUCCGCGGUUGAAGAUUAUGAAACAGAAAUUAUAUAUAUACAUAUUAUAUAUAUACGCCAUUCGUUUGAACUUAAACUGUCCGCCAAGCAGACAGAUAACCACUAAAAUAUUGGACUUUUCCCUGGAGUUCACAGUACCAGUCCAUCGAUUGCAGUUACCUAUAGGAUAAACGAAUCAAUCGGCUUGUGCAAUUUACACAAGUGAAGUUCAGUAUUCAUCCUUGGAUUUCAUUGUUGGGGAGGCCAUUGACUUCUUUGUCAGCAAAGAACUAUUUCGGUGUAUUUGGACAACUGAACAAAGGAGAAGAGCUGUCCAAGCCGAAGAGAUGAAGCGUUGAACUACGCGACGAUUCUUUAUUUUGUGUUUGUAUAGCCUUAAAAAUGGCUUCAGUCACGUAAUGUGUGUGGAUUUCCGGACGCUCCUGUAUCAAGAAAUGCUUUACUGCCAAAAGCAUUUCCUUUUCUCUCUUUUUUUUUUGCACGAAUGGAAGAUCUUUAGUUUUGUACUGUUCCUGGUGUUUCUGGAUGCUGAACACGUUGAAGAAAUGUCCGUUAUUAGUCGCCUAUUGUUUAAAAUAAGAAUAAUAAAAAUAACCGUCUUAUUUCGAUCAGUGAA